CAUUACCAGUCUCAGCAGCUCACAGUGUCUCUAAGGCUGACACCAGAAAGCUUUAGCGCCUUAGCCUAAUGGGUUUUGGUUUGGAGCGACCUUCUGUUUCAUCAACCAUCAAAUGGCUUGGUUUCGUCACCGCCAUUUGGGUCCAGGCCAUUUCAGGCAACAACUACACUUUCUCCAACUACUCAGAUGCUCUCAAAACCCUCAUGAACCUCACCCAGCUCGAGCUCAACAACCUCUCCGUCGCCAAAGACGUCGGUAAAGCUUUCGGCCUCCUCGCUGGCCUCGCUUCCGACCGCUUCCCCACCUGGGUCCUCCUACUCAUCGGCUCCGUCGAGGGCCUGGUCGGUUACGGAGCCCAGUGGCUCGUCGUCAGCCAAAAAAUCCAACCCCUUUCGUACUGGCAGAUGUGCAUAUUUCUUUGCAUGGGAGGCAACAGCACGACGUGGAUGAACACGGCCGUAUUAGUGACGUGUAUUCGGAACUUCCGGAGCAACCGAGGACCGGUCUCCGGCAUUCUCAAAGGCUACGUGGGUCUGAGCACCGCCAUAUUCACCGACCUCUGCACCGCUCUGUUUAACGACAACUCGGGCAGCUUCCUGUUCAUGCUCGCCGUCACUCCCUUCGCCGUCUGCCUCACCGCCAUGGUCUUCCUCCAUGAAAUCCCUCCGUCGUCCUCCGCCGCCGAGGACAAGCAGGAGUCCAGAUACUUCUGGUUCUUCAACGGCCUCGCCUUCUUCGUCGCCGUCUACCUCCUGGCUUACGACUUCAUUCCAGACCCCUCCACGCUCUUCUCUCACGUCUUCUCCGCCAUUCUCUUACUCCUCCUCGCUUCGCCGUUGGUGGUUCCGGCUUACUCAUAUUUCAAGUCGUGGGCCCCGAACCGGGUCGGGUCGUCGGAUCCGGAAAAGCCGGUUGCGGUUUUGGUUCUGGACGAGCCGCUGCUGGCGGCGGGAAAGCCGGAGGUGGUUCCGUCGUCGUCGUCGUCGUCGGAGGAUGACGUGGCGGUGGUGGAGAGGAGGAGGAGGCCGGUGAUUGGAGAGGAGCACACAAUUUUCGAGGCGAUGAGGACUUUGGAUUUCUGGAUACUUUUUGUGUCGUUUCUGUGUGGGGUGGGGACUGGAUUGGCGGUUAUGAACAAUUUGGGCCAGAUUGGGCUGGCGCUUGGAUACGCCGACGUUUCGAUCUUCGUUUCGCUCACCAGUAUUUGGGGUUUUUUCGGGCGAAUCGUUUCGGGUAUGGUUUCCGAGUAUUUCAUCAGGAAAGCGGCAAUACCGAGGCCACUAUGGAAUGCAGCUUCUCAGAUUCUAAUGGCUGUUGGAUACAUACUCCUCGCCAUUGCCAUGCCUGGCUCCCUCUACAUUGGUUCAAUUGUGGUCGGAAUCUGCUAUGGAGUUCGUCUUGCUAUCACAGUCCCAGCAGCAUCUGAACUAUUUGGUCUCAAAUACUAUGGGCUAAUCUACAACGUUCUGAUCCUCAAUCUCCCACUUGGGUCCUUACUCUUCUCAGGCCUCCUUGCCGGGUUUUUAUACGAUAUGGAGGCUACCCCAACGGCCGGAGGUGGCAACACCUGCAUUGGGGCCCAUUGUUACAGGCUUGUGUUUGUUGUCAUGGCCAUUGCCUGUGUUGUUGGGUUUGGUUUGGACAUUUUGUUGUCCAUCAGAACUAGGCGGCUUUACACGAAGAUUCAAGCUGGCAAGAAAACAAAGAGAGUUUCUAAUGGCACAUCGUAACAAGUAAAAUGGGAUUUGGGAGGCCGAGAUUAUAAUUCUGAGGAUUGAUGGGUUAUUUUUCCUAAUGAUGUCCUCCAUCUAGAAUUAGCUGCCAUGCUAAAUUAUUAUCUGCUCAUAUCAUUCCAUGAGAUCAGGCCAAGGAGAAUUAGUAAUCUAGAUCAUUGCGAAAUAUUUUGUGGUUAUGUUGUAUGAUAGGCCUUCGCACCACCAUGUUUGUUUGAAUAAGUGCGUGUAAUUUCUUGCCUCCAUAAUAGGCUAUGUAUUCAUAAAUAAUUCAUCUAAUAUUAUAAAUUCUUUGGCUUCUGAAA